AUGGAGGCGGCGGGGCCUCGGCCGGUGCUGGGCCUGCUGCUGCGGCGGGAGUACCUGCGGCACAAGAACUCCCGCGUCCGCGAGGAGGUGGUCAACGUCUGCAUCGUGGCCCUCCUCACUUACCCGGGCGAGGAGCUGGACUUGGCCGAGCUGGCCUUCGGGCUGGCUCCGGCGCUGGUGGACGGCAAGCGCAGGGUCCGGCACGCCGCCCUGGAAGCGUUCGCCGUCUUGGCGUCUUCCAUGGGCCCGGGUGAGACCGCCCCGCUCUUCAAGGCGGUGGACGCUGUGGAGCUUGAGGAGAACGGGGAUGGGGUGAUGCACGCGGUGCAGGCCAGGCUGGCCAGGAAGACCUUGCCCAAGCUGGUGGACCAAGGCUUUGUGGAGUACGCCGUGCCCUUGCCGUCAUCUGGCCAUAGCAGGGGGGGCUGUGUGCCCCCCGGCGCGGACACGGACUGGUUGCUGAUGGGCAGCAGGACGCGGAGCGCUCACAGCUGCUGCGGGUGUCACGCGGCGGAUGGUGCUCCGCAAAGCUGCAGCUCGCGCGGGGCGAACGCCAGUCGAGGAGCCAGUCCGAGAAGAGUCUUGAGUGCGGGCAAAGGGAAGAACAAGCUGCCCUGGGAGAACGAGCGUGCUGGAGACGGGGAAGGUGGCGCGGGGGUCAGGAUGCCUUUCGCAAAGGGUGUGGAGCAGUUCUCUGCAUCCAGUGAUUUUCUUCACUCUCCAAAGUUAAGGCCCUCUCAAGGAGUACCGGUCAUCGAUGAGUUAUUUUUUAGUAGAAAAAGAGCUUCAAGGAAUUUAUUUCAGAAUAGUAUAGAUUUGAACUCGGAGCAUUCUUCUGUUUGUGCUGCAGGUGCGAUGGGCUCUCACCAGCCACAGAUUUCAGGGAAAUGUGGAACUCUUGGAUACACACAGACCCGUGGGAGGAGCGGUAGCGUGGACUCCGAUUUACAAUUUUUAGGAUUAAAUAACUGUCAGCAGGACAAAGUUUGUGCCAGCCUAAAUUUUUCUGGCAAGACCCCGAGAAGUUUUUGCAAUCAAGCAGAGCAUACGGCGGCCUGGCAAGGUCUGAGUGCAAGCCAGGGCACCUUCAUUCUGCCGUCCUACCCGCUGUCAUCACCCAGGAGCAGCCCAAAGCACGUCUCCCCUCCCGCUGGCUCCCCAAAGAAGUCGCAGGAUAAUACCAGGAACUUCUCCAACUCCUGGCCUCUGAAAAGCUUUGAAGGACUGCCUAAGCCUGGUUCACAGAAGCAGUUUCUCGGUCGGAUGUCAGGAGACAAUACAGGUAGGAGUCAUAGGGAGGAUCUGCAGGAGAAGCAUUCUGCUCUGCAGCUGAAGCCCACCCUGGUGCGACACCCAGCCUCCCGCAGGGGCCUGAACGGGGCCAGACCCGUCCCCCCCAUAGCCCGCCUCGCGAGCCCGCUGCCCGGCAGGGCGGAGUUCAAUGUCACAAAGUGGAGAAGCGAAGAGAGCGAGGACGUGUGGCUGGGUGAAGUGGAUGGGAAGCUUGCGGCGGAUCUGUCGGAGCUAAAUGUUGAUGGCGAGGAGGUGGACCGAGAAGAGAUGCAGAAUUCACUCCGCUCUCUACGAAACAGCGCAGCUAAGAAGAGGGCAAAGCUAAGCGGCAACAUUUCAGAUCUUGAAAGUCCCGAUUCUGGCCUUAAACUUGCUCUGUCUGCGGACGCGUCCUCCCCGAGCGCGAGCUCCUACGGCGAGAGCGGAGUGUGCAGCCAGGAGUCUCUGACCUCUCCUGUGUCCACAGUCCCCCCGAGAAGGAGAAGAACGUCUGACUCUUUUCCACUACUUGGCAGCAAAUCACAGCCUGCAAGGAUACCUUCGGCAAGAAAGAGAGACCCAGAUGUGGCUGAACAUAACUCCAGCGCAGAGUCAGCGUGUACUUUUCCACAGAUGAACAAUCUGGAUUUCAUUUCGCCAAGUGUCCUGCCUGAAGAUGCAGUUGCAAUUUUUGGUAAAGGUGCGUUUGGAAGUCCACCUUCUGCAGGAACAUGCAGCCAGGCCGUAGCGUGCGCAGCGAGUGGAGAUGAGCAGGCGGUCAAAGAGGAGCCAGAGCCGUCAUCGGGGAUCUGUGGGAGAAGCACCCAGCAGGACAGCGCUUCUCAUCUCCAGGUUGAAAAUGAAAGCAAGAUAAAAGUUGCCAUGUCAAAAUCUGCCCAGGAUAAGAUGAGGCGGAAGAAAAAAGAAGAAAAAGAACGCAGUCAUAAAGAACAUCAGGAGGUCAGAGACCUCGAAGAAAAGGAAGAAAACCCUUGGGCAAGACUUCAGCUGAAUGAACUAGAGAAAAUAACAACAGAAAAUGAAAUUUCUCUUGGGGCACUAGGGCGCUACAAAGACCGGACGCCAUCAGUCACUCUCAGCCCAGAAAUAAUGGACCCAUCAGAAGUGCAGCCCUUCACAAAACCAGACACGGCCCUGGCAGAAGCCUUGACGCUUCUGGCUGAUGAUGACUGGGAGAAGAAAAUUGAAGGUCUGAACUGUGUUAGAUGUUUGUCUGCCUACCAUGCGACUGUUCUGACUGCGAAGCUGCACGAAACGAGUUUGGCUGUGGCACAAGAGGUCAAGAAUUUACGCUCAGGUGUUUCUCGAGCUGCUGUGGUCUGUUUAGGGGAUUUGUUCACCUACCUGAAAAAGAGCAUGGAUCAAGAACUAGAUAAUACAGUAAAGGUCCUUUUGCACAAAGCUGGUGAAUCCAACACAUUUAUAAGGGAAGAGGUAGACAAAGCACUGAAGGCUAUGGUUAAUAAUGUGACUCCAGCACGUGCACUUUGUUCUCUUAUAAAUGGAGGGCAAAGGUAUUACGGCCGAAAGAUGCUCUUCAGUGUGAUGACUCAUCCGGACUUUGACAAAACGCUUGAAAAGUAUGUGCCGACCAAGGAUUUGCCUUACAUUAAGGAACUGGUUAGCAAUCUACAUGAAAAGGGUUUGGGGGAGAUGCCGUUAGAUACGCCCUCAGCGAAAGGGAGACGUUCCCAUACUAGUGGUGCUGGACAUUCGAGGUCGUCAUCUACUUCCAGAGAUGCUCUCAACACCACUGACAGAGAGACUACAGAAGCCCGUGAAGUCACAAGAAAAACAGCACCUCGUAAUUCACUAGAAAGUGAAGAAUAUGUUAAAGACAUGAUAGGUUUAUUGAAUGCAAAAGACUUCCGUGAUCGAAUAAGUGGCAUUAAGCAGCUGUUAUCAGAUACAGAGAACAAUCAAGGCUUUGUUGUUGCAAACAUAGUGAAGAUCUUCGAUGCUUUCAAGUCUCGCUUACAUGACUCAAACAGUAAAGUAAAUCAGGUUGCUUUGGAGACCAUGCACAAGAUGAUUCCAUUGCUGAAAGACAAUUUAUCGCCUGUGAUCAACAUGUUAAUUCCUGCCUUGGUAGACAACAACCUGAACUCCAAAAAUCCAGGGAUUUAUGCAGCUGCUACUAACGUUAUUCAGGCUCUGUGUCAACAUUUAGACAACUACUUGCUUCUCCAGCCGUUCUGCACAAAAGCCCAGUUUCUGAAUGGAAAAGCAAAACAAGACAUGACAGAGAAGCUUGCUGAUCUGGUUACGGAGCUGUACCCCCGGAGGCCUGGUGCUGUGGAGCAAAAAGCUCUCGUCGUCCUCUGGCACCUGCUGGGAGCCGUGACCAGCUCGGGCCCCCUGCCCGGAACAGAAGAGCUGUAG